AUGAAACCGAAUAUUCUCCUCCUAGGGCCAUUGAUGAGCAUGGCUACUAGAACAGUAUCCCAGAUCUCGAAUCCAACUUUUUGGGAAGAUUUUGCGGACCUCGAUAUAAUUCGCGUCAAUGAUACAUUCUACUAUUCUGCCUCGAAUAUGCACUACUCCCCCGGUGCCCCAGUCCUUAGUUCAUACGAUCUUCUGAAUUGGGAGUUUGCUGGCCACUCCAUCCCAGAGCUUACGUUCGGUCCAAAUUACUACCUAGAAGGUGGUAACCACGCAUACAUACGUGGUACAUGGGCUUCGACAUUGAACUAUCGACCAAGUACGUCAACCUUCUACUGGAUGGGCUGCAUUGACGGUACCACAUACAUUUACACGGCCCCCAACGCCGACGGCCCAUGGACCCAAGCCUCAACGAUCAAUAAAUGUUACUAUGAUUGUGGUCUACUCAUUACAGACGAUGACAAAAUGUACGUUGCCUACGGGAACAGUGGGAUCUCCGUUGCCGAGCUCUCUGAAGAUGGGCUAAGCGAAGUGGGCUCGCAGAUGGUCUUUCCUACCGACGAUGCUGGAUAUCUGGAGGGAUCCAGAUUCUAUCAACACGAUGGGAACUUCUACAUCUUUGUUGUACAUCCCGCCAAUGAGGAGCAUAUUCUUAGGUCGACCUCCGGUGUACUCGGUCCUUAUGAGCGUCGCCUAUUGAUUUCCAAUGCUGGCAAUCCUGUCCCAGGGGCGGGAUACCCACACCAGGGAGGUAUUGUGGACACCCCGAAUGGGGAUUGGUAUUAUAUGGCCUUUGUCGAUGCCUAUCCUGGAGGACGAAUACCAGUUCUCGCUCCUUUGACCUGGGGAAGCGAUGGCUGGCCUUCGGUGGAGUUGGUUGAUGGUGGAUGGAGCGCAACUUAUGAUGCGCUGAACAUCACUCCCCCGUCUACCCCCAUCUCAUCAUUUGAACCUUACACCGAUAAAUUCACGGGAGACAUCCUCUCACCACAAUGGGAAUGGAAUCACAACCCUGACAAUGACAAGUGGUCGAUCAACAAUGGGGUCACUCUUACCACUGCCUCAGUAACCGAUGACCUAUACGCAGCGAAGAAUACCUUAACCCAUCGAAUUCUAGGACCCAUCUCGACUGCCACCAUCCACCUUAAUACUAGCUCCAUGUUCAGCGGUGACCGUGCGGGCCUUUCACUUCUCCGUCAUUUCUCCGCCUGGAUUGGCGUAGUCAAUGAUGGAGGUACCUCUCACAUCGGCGUUACCACGGGACUGGAGAUGGACUCGGAGUGGAACACUGUUUCUACAGGAACUGAGAAUGCUACGGCCGAGUUCUCUGGUAGUGAGAUAUGGCUUCGUGUCGAAGCAGAUAUCACUCCGUACGCGGGCAGCGGCCAGUUCUCGUACAGCUUGGAUGGUGUGACGUUUACGAACUUGGGGGAUAUCUAUGAAUUGAACACUAACUGGGAGUUCUUCAUGGGAUACCGCUUUGGUAUAUUCAACUUUGCGACUACCGAGGCUGGAGGAAGCGUGGUGUUGAACUCGUUUGUCUUGUCAUGA